AACAGAGCGAGUAAGUGCUGCUUCGACUACCCUAUCAGGACCCUUUCUCUGCGCCGAUCUCUCCGCCUCCACUCUUCUCCAUGGCCUCCAUCACCACCAUGGUUGGUGCCCAGAAGGCCCUUCUCCUCCCCUCCUGCUCCUCUUGCGCCAAGCCCAAAACCGCCAAAUCCCCUUCAUUCUCCUCUAAGUUCCUCUCCUCUUCCUUCGCUUUGUCUAAAACCGAUUUAUGCGGCACUGGCACCGCCGCCGCUUCUUCCUGUCGGCCUAGCCUUCGCCGCGGCGGAAGGCUGCUCGUCGUCCGGGCCGCCCGCGGCAAGUUCGAGCGCAAGAAGCCGCACGUGAACAUCGGCACCAUCGGCCACGUCGACCAUGGCAAAACCACCCUCACCGCCGCCCUCACCAUGGCCCUCGCCGCCGUCGGCGGUUCCGCCCCCAAGAAGUACGACGAGAUCGACGCCGCCCCCGAGGAACGUGCCCGUGGCAUCACCAUCAACACAGCCACCGUCGAGUACGAGACUGAGUCUCGUCAUUACGCCCACGUCGACUGCCCCGGCCACGCCGACUACGUCAAGAAUAUGAUCACCGGUGCCGCCCAGAUGGACGGCGCUAUACUCGUAGUCUCCGGUGCCGACGGUCCUAUGCCCCAGACUAAGGAGCACAUCCUCCUGGCCAAGCAGGUCGGCGUGCCCAACAUGGUGGUCUUCCUCAACAAGCAGGACCAGGUGGACGACGAGGAGCUCCUCCAGCUCGUUGAGCUCGAGGUCCGCGAGCUCCUCUCCUCCUACGAGUUCCCUGGUGAUGACGUCCCCAUCAUUUCUGGCUCCGCCCUCCUCGCCCUUGAGGCCCUCAUGGCCAACCCUAGCAUUAAGCGCGGCGAGAACACCUGGGUCGACAAGAUCUACGACCUGAUGGAUGCCGUCGACAGCUACAUCCCCAUUCCGCAGCGGCAGACCGACCUCCCCUUCCUCCUAGCCGUCGAAGACGUCUUCUCCAUCACCGGCCGUGGGACCGUCGCCACUGGGCGAGUCGAGCGUGGCACGAUAAGGAUCGGCGAGACCAUCGACAUCGUCGGCCUCAGGGAGACGCGGAACACCACGGUCACCGGUGUCGAGAUGUUCCAGAAGACUCUCGAUGAGGCGAUGGCCGGAGACAAUGUCGGCCUGCUCCUUAGAGGAAUCCAGAAGGACGACAUCCAGCGGGGCAUGGUGCUUGCCAAGCCGGGCACCAUCACCCCGCACACAAAAUUCGUCGCCAUUGUCUACGUUCUCAAGAAAGAGGAGGGCGGGAGACACUCACCCUUUUUUGCCGGGUACAGGCCUCAGUUCUACAUGAGGACCACGGACGUCACCGGAAGGGUAACCUCCAUUAUGAACGACAAGGAUGAGGAGGCGAAGAUGGUCAUGCCUGGAGACCGUGUCAAGAUGGUGGUCGAACUCAUCAUGCCUGUGGCCUGUGAGCAGGGAAUGCGAUUCGCCAUCAGGGAGGGUGGAAAGACCGUAGGUGCCGGUGUCAUCCAGUCCAUUAUUGAAUAAUUUCUGAAUGUAAGAAUGGCUCGGCCUUCGUUUGGUUGCAGGGGUGCUUCACUCAUUGCUAGUGUUGGGAUAGCUAUUAUUGCAUAUUUAAGAUCAAGCAUACAUGUAGGUUGCAACCCUUGCUCUGCAUUGUCAUAUAUUCUGCAGUUUUGGUUCUUUUAAUUUUUCUUCAUUUUGCAUUAA